UCGAAGAUAUUCGCCCUCCGUGUACCGUUCAGUGUCUCCUGUCAGUGCCUUCCUCCUCAGUUGUGUCGCAUCUUAGUGCCAGCGAGUGAUUAUGAAAUUAUGUAAUUAAUAAUUGUUAAUUCAUCAAUUGAGUGUUCACUUGUUUGCCAGACGUUGUGAUUCCCGUGAUCAAUUGGAAGCCAGGGCGUGAUUGUGUAAUGCAAUGGAAGCCACGGGAUUUGAUGAGCAUAUUUUCAGUGAAUUUCCCGACCCACUCACACCCAUAGGAAAACCCAUGCAAGAUCAAGCUCAGCUUAUACCGCCUGCUAACACUUCAGUUCAGGCCAUGCUGGGUCAACUUGAUCCCCAAAUGCCAGGACAUCAUACACCCGAGUUGGCGGGCCAACAGCGUCUGCCCGAAGUCCACAGCCUCUUCCCCGGCGGCUCCGCAAAGAUGGAUCACUACAAGAAUAUUGAAUACUCGAGCACGAAGUUGGGUUCUUAUUCACCCAAUGGCAAAGCUGUCGAGUAUGCCAACGGGAAGUUGGAUUCCUACUCCCCGGGCAGUAAAAUUGAGUUCCUGUCCAACGGCAAGAUGAACUACUCUCCAAACUCGGAUAUGGAGUACACUACCAAGAUUGACUACGAUAUCAACAUGUUCCAGCAACCUCAACCCAUAGACUCCACUAUGAGACCGCACAAUGGAAUGCAGUGCAUCAAGAGGAAAAACGAAGAGGGAUCAAGUCCUAAUUCCACCAAUAAUUCCGCCAUUGCUGGACAUGGAUCAGGGAAUACGGGUGGAUCAGAACCGUCGCCUGCGGCAAAAAAGAACGAGAAGAAGAAAUCGGAUCCCAAUGGGAUUAAAAAGAAGAAGACCAGGACAACUUUUACGGCGUAUCAACUUGAGGAGCUAGAGAGAGCCUUUGAGCGGGCUCCAUAUCCAGAUGUCUUUGCGAGGGAAGAACUGGCUUUAAAACUAAACUUAAGUGAAUCACGGGUUCAAGUAUGGUUUCAGAAUCGACGGGCUAAGUGGCGCAAGCGAGAACCACCUAGGAAGACGGGAUAUAUAGGCUCCAAUAGUCCUUCGACUCCCUUAACAAACUUGGGAGCACCUUUUCCCACUUUCGCACAAACACCCGCCGCUGUGAACUCACCCGGCAGUGUGGACAGUUGGACAAGCUACCAGUCGCCGUACGAGUUGAGCUCACACUUUAACAUCUUGUCACCGGCUUCGAGUCCUUAUGGCUCCUUUUCAGGCCAAUACGGCUCCUACGUCCAUGAUAGUCAACUUUUCCCCGUCCGCCAACACUUUGACUAUGGCAGCCCACCUCGAGGCGGCGGCGGCGAACUGGACGAUGGGCAGCAGAAGAGUAACCACUAUGUCACAAUAGACGACAAGUACGACACUCAUUGCCCCCCAAAUGGAGUGCCCAAUGGGAAGUACAUCGAAACGGAGAAUAAAUUUAUACACACGAUGGGGACUAUGGACGAGUCCAAGUACAAUGUCAAUUGCCAAAUGGAGGAGAAUGAGAUGAAACCUCAGUACUCCAGCAACUCCACACUGAUCAGUUGCCAUCCGGAUGAUAAUGCUACGAUCAGCAUUAACAAAUCCGAGGACUCCAUCACUCAGAGCUUCGUUUUGCCCUCCUUUCUGCAUUAGCAUCAUCGUUCAUCGCAGUAAUUUACGACAUGGAUUAUAUUCAUUGCAAUACUCUUAGAUGGAAAUUGUCGUUUUUACAUAAAUAGAAUCUUCUAAGGCUCAUUAAACCAAGUAGAAAACACAAA